GCCAGGCGCUUUCCCCUUCGCCUUCGACUCCCAGACCGUCUUCUCUUCGUCCGCCCACUCUCGCACAAACCGUCCCGGGCCCUUGGCACCACAAUUUCUAGUAGCCCUCACCUCCCCGUCUAACCAUGUCUCUCAAAGCCGAGCUCGAAACCUGGGCCGCCGCCCUCAAGGCCUACGACGAAGAGGACUUUGAGAAAUCCCUCGAGCUCUUCGCCACCAUCGCUGACAGCUCCAAGAUCCUCACCAACAUGGGCCUCAUCUACGCCACCCUCGGCGAGCACGAGGCCGCCGUCGAGCAGUUCGCCGCCGCGACCCAGCUCGACCAGUACCUCGCCGUCGGCUACUUCCAGUCCGGCGUAUCCAACUUCCUCCUCGGCCGCUACGACCUCGCCCUCCGCGACUUUGACGAUGCCCUCCUCUACCUCCGCGGCAACGGCGACAUCAACUACGAGCAGCUCGGCCUCAAGUUCAAGCUCUACUCCGCAGAGGUCCUCUUCAACAAGGGCCUCGCCAGGAUAUACCUCGGCCAGGUCGACGAGGGCCUCCGCGAGCUCCAGGACGCCCGCAGGGAGAAGGCCACCGAGGAGCACAAUGUCAUCGACGAUGCCAUCACCGACCGCGGCGAUGGCUACACCGUCUUCUCCAUCCCCGUCGGCGUGCUCUACCGCCCCGCCGAGAAGAAGCUCAAGAACGCAAAGACAAAGGACUACAUGGGCAAGGCGAAACUCGUCGCCGCCGAAGACGCGUCGCAAGCGUUCACCGAGUUCACGGGUGUCGCGCGCAUGAAGCAGUCGUUGGGCCUAACCCCCGACGCCGUCAGCCCGCUCACUCGCUCCGCAACCCUGGCCAACCCCGUCCCGCCCCCGAAGACGGACGACGACUUCCGCGCCCCGCCCCUCCAGCGCUCCAUGACGACCAUCAACGUCUCCGUUCCCUCACGCACCGGGCCCGCCUCUGCGCCCACCGACCGAUCGCCGCGCGCAGGCUCGCCGCCCAACAACCCGCCCGCGUCCGCCGCGCCGCUCGGCCGCUCCAACACGUCCGCAGGGCGCAUGGGCGGGGGCGCCGGCAUGGGCCCGACGCGCGGGCUGAGCAUCCGCAAGCCAGGGAUGCAGUCGCCCGGGCCUGCGAGCGCGCCGGCGCAGGGCGGGGUGCGCACGACGGAGAUCUACGACAGCUACCUGGACGGGUACGCGGACGACCCGCUGCCGCCCGUGCCGGAGAUGAGGGCUGCGGGCGCGCCGCGCCGCGCGGGGACGAUGCGCGGGCGCAACCAGGUGCCGCCGACGAGCAUGUACUCGAGCGCGAGCUCCGCGGGCGGGAUGCGCCGCCGCCCGACGAGGCGCCCGACGAUGGCGAAGCGCGCGGUGAGCACGUAUGAGGAGGAGGAGGGGUAUGAGAGCGGGGAGUGGGAUGAGGGCCCGAUGGAGCUGAUGAAGAUCCGCGUGAAGCUGCACUAUAAUGACGACGUGCGCGGGAUGGCGCUCACGCCCGAUAUGCUGUGGGAGGAGUUCCUCGAGCGCGUGACGAGCAAGUUCAACCGCUCGCUCGACGGGCUCGGGAUGAAGUUCAAGGACGAGGACGGCGGCAAGGUGAGCUUGCGCGACGAGAUGGACUACGAGCUCGCCAUCGAGACUGCGCGCGAGAGCGCCAAGGGCAAGGCGGAGGGCCGCCUCGAGAUCUGGUGUACGGACGAGUGAGCGUGCGCGUGCUCGUCGCCCGUUCGCGUCACCGUCGUCGUCGCCUGUGCCCCCGGAUAUCUCAAGGAAUACUAGGAAGAAGGAAUAUUGAUAAUCACGGACUACAUUUCACUACUCGCUAUAUGUUCUCUCUGCUUUGCUUGGUCAUUUGGUCGUCUUUCUUGUUUGCGUGCGCGCAUGGCCUCUUACUCUCUCUGCUGCCC